AUGGGAAACAACAACGCAACCGCCAAUUUAACAGAAGAAGAGAGCUCAAAGCUAGAAACCCAUGGAACGUCUCCAAUGGAGUCUGUUCCCGUAGAGAACACGCAAGAUCAGGUGUUUCUUGCAGGUGAAGGCAAAGAUGGAGAUAAAGAGAAAGAGAGCUUUACUGAUGAGACUCCAGAAACAGAACCACAAAGCAAGGAGUUAGUCGAAGAUCCAAAAGUGAAAAAUGUCGAAGAAGAGAUGCAUCCAAGUGGCUUGGAGAGUUCAGUAAUGGAAAUCGAUGAGCAGAUCCAGAAACAGAUAUUAGUUGCAGAAGGUGUUGAAACUGCGUGUGAAGCGACAGAAGUGGAAGAUUUAUCUAUGAUUGGAACUCAAAGUGUUGUGAACGAAUUGAAUACGACAGAGUUUGGUAAUGAAGAGAAGCCCUGUGUGAUUGAUGAGACUGUAGGAACAGAGGCAAAGAUGAUCAAUAAGUCUCUGGAAGAAAUUGUUCCUGCCGAGGAAGCUGUAAAGCUUGAUCAAGAGAUUGGUAUGGAACAGAGAACAGGGUUUCCUGGGAUUGAUCCGCAGGAGAUUCUGAAUCUGGACUAUCGCGUUCUUGAUGAUGAUGAUGAAGUUACAAAUGAAGGAAAAGCCGACCAGGAAAUCUCUAAACCGGGUUCACAAGAAUCAAACGUGAUUCUAGAGACCGGUUUUGAAGUUUUUGAGGAAGAGAAGGGCAAGGAGUUAGGAAGAGAAGCAAGUCUAAAACGCAUGACUCGAUGCAGAUCGCUCCCAGUGAGCCACAACACUAGAGUUACAGAAGAGUCGGUGGUUCAGCAGUUGGUCUCAGAGAUUGCGUUUCCUUCAAGGAACAAGAUGGGUUUAGAGAAAGGUAACAUGCCUGAGACUCUGCUUGUUUCUUGCGUAGGAAGCAACAAAGCACAAGAAACUACUGAAGCGAUAACUGAAAGUAACAAAGAUGCUAUAAUUGAGUUGCAGCGAUCUCCUACCUUUGGCAGUGACCUAAGGAUCAAAGAAAGAAACGACGAAUCGACAGAAAAAAUUCCGUUACUCUGUGAGGACAUGACGGAGACAUACGAGGCAAUAAUUGAUGUGGAAGAGAGAACUGUGAUGCUGAAGAGAAGUGAGACUGAAAAAACAAGAGGCAUUGAAUUGUCUCUAGGGUUAUCAAUGAAACCCAGUAGGAGUAGCUUCAAGGAAACUAAGGAUUCAGGAGACAACUUGCUGGACAAGAAAGCUUCUUGGGGUUCUAUGAAAGGCAGAGUCAGGAAACGGAGCAAGUCUUCGCUCUUCGGAACAUGCCUCUGUUGCGCCACUGCCAUAAGUUGA